AUGGCUUCGCGACGUCGCUUCCCCACGUCCGUCGUCAAUCAUCGCUGUCGCGGCACCCCCGACUGCACCUGCGCUUUCUGCCAAGACUUCGCCGCAGUACCCCCCGCGAACCGCGCCGCGAACGUUGCAGCAAAUCCCGCCGCAAUCCCCGCCACUGCCAGCGCGGGUACCACCAGCAACGCACCGCGUAUACUGUCGACAGCGGAGGAAGCGGCCGCGCUGCGAGCCGCCGUAGAUUUCGGCGGCGCCGCUCCGGACUAUCUGCGUCGCGGGCGGGCCGACUCGCAGUCUGGGGCCGACGGACCGUUAGGGGAUCGUGUAGGGCCCGCGAUUGACGGCGUGGCACGCGCCGCAACAGGCGGCGAGGGAGGCGGCAGAGGAGAGGAGGCGAUCGACGCGCAGAGCAGGCGGGAAAUGGCGGCUGGGCGAUCGGGACUGAUUUUCGCGACGGGGAUGCGUGGGCAAGACGUUCCCCCUGUGCCGUCCCUGCUGCAGCUGUGUGUGGGCGAGGUGGGGUGCUACCUGCCUUGCCUCCUCCGCAUGGACUCACGCGAGUUCGACUUGAGAGGCUUCGUGGCACUGCUGCCCUCGCACGCGCGGGUGCGUGUGCAUGUAUGCUCGUUGCAUGGCACCGUGGGUAGGAUGCGCAUGGCACCGUGGGAUGCGCAUGGCACCGUGGGUAGGAUGCGCAUGGGGCUGCGGGGAUUGCCGGAUUGCAUGGGUGUGGUGGAUAUUUCAUCUCGUCCCCUUUCCACCCGCCUUUUUCACUUCUCCCCUUCCCUCUUUCUCCCCUUUUCCCCUUCUCUCAUUCUCCCCUUCUCCCGGCUUCCCUUCCCCUUUUCCCCCGUUCCUCCCUUCUUCUGUUUCCGUUAUUCCCUUUCUCCGUUCCUCCCCUUCUCCUCAUCUCCCUCCCCUCCCUCCCCUUUCCCCUUCUCCCUUCUCUCCUCCCCUUCUCCCCUUCGUCCCUCCAUCCCCCUUCCCGUCUUCCUGCUCAGGGGCUCCCCUGCUUGCAACAAGGUCGCCCGAGCAGCAGUCAAGUGGAUGCUACCGCAGCAGCCUGUAAGGGGUACAGAAGGUGCAGAGAGCGCAGAGGCAGGAGAGGAGGAGGUGGAGGGGGAGACAGCGCAAGGAGAGAGGGAGGGGGGGGAGGGCGGGUGGGAGGGCAGUUGGGAGGAGGUGGAGGAGCGCCUGGAGGAGAGGGUUCCUGCCCUGUGGUGGCUCAUCUGGCCUGAGGCGGACCCCAACACAGCAUCACUGCUCGCCUCCAAGUGCCCGCGUAUCCUCCUCAACCCCGCCCCGCCCUCUCCUCCUCCCCCCCACUCUCUGCCUCCCCCUUACUGUCACAUCCCCACUACUCUUCCCUCCUCCGACCCGUCCAUUCCUCCUAACCUUCCCACUUCCAUCCCUGCCCUCCCCUCCGCACUCCUCUCGCGCACCCCCCUGCAAGCCUUCCCGGCUCUCCCCCUCGACGCCCCGCACCUGGUCGGUAUCCCCCCGGCAGUGUGGGAGAGGGGCGCUGGAGAGGACGAGGAGGAGGGGGAGGAAGGCGAGGAGGAUGGGGAGGAGGGGAUAAGAGGAGAGGCGGAGGCAAGAGGGCGGAGGAGAGGAUUGGCGAUGGAAGGAGCACGAGCAAAGGUGAAGCCAGGAGCAGAGGUACCACAAGAGGUACCACAGGAAUCAGAGGCGCCACAAGAGCUGUCGGUAGCGGAGCGGUUCAGGCUGGCGUUUGUGGCGCGCGAUGAGCGGCUGGCGCCCAAGCGCGCCAAGAACCAGCGCCAGAGGGAGCGCCGCGAGGGGCGGGACCGCGCCGCUGCUGACGUGGCGCUGCGGGCGCGGCUGCUGGCUGGUGCUGCCACCCGGUCGCUGCGGCUGUGA